AUGAUGAGUAAACUCAUCGAGCGGGUGAGCGUAGUGGACCGAGCGCUCGAGGUACACUUUGAAGAUAGAAAGUCAAUCAAGUUUGAAGAUUGUUGGCUUAGGGAUCACUGCAGAUGUCUAUCUUGUUAUCAUGCUGAGACUUACCAAAGAGCAAAUCAUAUAUUAGACCUACCAGAUGUCACAUUUUCAAGUUUUGAUUAUAAUAAGUCACAGCUUUUUAUCACAUGGAGUGAUAAUCACGAAUCAACCUAUUCACACAAAUUUCUAUCACAAUUCAACUACAAGGAGUGGAGAGAAAGUCGUCGACUCAAACCUCUGUUGUGGCACGGCAAUAUUCACAAUAAAGUUCUCAAAAUCCACGUAGAUGAUUUUCUUAACUCUAUAGAUGGUGCGAAAAGGGUGUUUCAAUCACUGCUAGACUACGGUGUCGCAUUGAUAAGUGGGGUAGGUGUAUCUCUCAAAGAUACAGAAGAAGUUUGUAAAGCUUUAGGUGGUGUCCAGCAUACGCUGUUUGGAGGCAUGUGGCAAUUUAGCACCAAAACCGAUCACGCAGACACUGCAUACACAAAUUUACCUCUCGCCGCCCAUAAUGAUAACACAUACUUUACUGAAGCUGCUGGAUUACAAAUCCUCCACUGUCUAGAACACAAAAACGGUAAAGGUGGUGAAACCAUACUUGUAGAUGGUUUUAAUGGAGCUCGGGAACUAAAGAAGGAGUUUCCAGAAGAUUUUGAUUUCUUAACCAAGUUCAACGUGGAGGCCGAGUAUAUUGAAAAUGGACAUCAUCAUACAUAUUCGGCUCCUGUUAUAAAAGUAAAUAGUGACCCAGGAGAUAUUGUGCAGAUUAGGUUCAAUGUUUAUGACCGUGCUCCGAUGGCAUUUAAUAGUGGUGAAAAUUGUCGCUCAUACUAUCGCUCACUUCGAAACUUGGCUAAAUACUACGAAAAUGAAAGCAACCAAUGGAGAUUUAAAUUGCAACCAGGAACAGUGAUGGUGAUGGAUAACUUUAGAGUGCUCCAUGGUAGGACCAGUUUCUCUGGGAGCCGAGUUCUUGCUGGCAGUUACGUGUCACGUUCUGACUGGUUGAACAGAGCUAGAACAUUGAACCUUAUAAAAUAA